GACUGGCGACCAGUGGCGAGGCACCAGCUGCACUUCCCGUCUGGGAGAGAGUGUAAUAUGGCGAAGACCUACGAUUACCUGUUCAAGCUGCUGCUCAUCGGGGACUCGGGGGUGGGGAAGACCUGUGUCCUGUUCCGCUUCUCCGAGGACGCCUUCAACUCCACUUUCAUCUCCACCAUAGGAAUCGACUUUAAAAUUAGGACCAUAGAGCUCGAUGGCAAGAGGAUCAAACUCCAGAUUUGGGACACAGCCGGGCAAGAACGGUUUCGGACGAUCACGACGGCCUACUACAGGGGCGCCAUGGGCAUCAUGCUGGUCUACGACAUCACCAAUGAGAAGUCCUUUGACAACAUCCGGAACUGGAUCCGGAACAUCGAGGAGCACGCCUCGGCCGACGUGGAGAAGAUGAUCCUGGGGAACAAGUGCGAUGUGAACGACAAGAGACAAGUGUCCAGGGAGCGGGGAGAGAAGCUGGCGCUCGACUAUGGGAUCAAGUUCAUGGAGACCAGUGCCAAGGCCAACAUCAACGUGGAGAAUGCGUUUUUCACUCUCGCCAGAGACAUCAAGGCAAAAAUGGACAAAAAAUUGGAAGGCAACAGCCCGCAGGGAAGCAGCCAGGGAAUGAAGAUCACGCCGGACCAGCAGAAGCGGAGCAGCUUCUUCCGCUGCAUGCUCCUGUGAGCGCAUACUCCGCCUUACUCCGCCCGGCUCGCGGAGCUGACUGUGCCUGUCGGGGCCUGCGCCCAGCGGGGACCCUCAAGUGCCACCCGGCCCUGGCCCACGGCCGCCAGACCUCCACUGAGAAAUUGUCUAUUUUAGUAACCGUCUAAUCUUUUUCAACUUGGAGAUGGAAAGAGUUAAGAAUCUGCUAUUUUUCCUGUAACGCCCGCCACACCGGUCCACGGAACAGCGUCGAGUGGGCAGAGAGCAUGGGGCGGAGGGUGACAGCAGCGCCCCUGGCAGCCGUAGUGGCGAGGCCAGCCGUCGCCAGGCCCGGGAGGCGUUGCUAAGCCUCGGUUUUGGACAGUGAUACAAAGCAUUCCUCCCCCCUUCUUAACUUUAAACCAAAGGGAAGCACAAAUAAAGACAUCUGUGCACCGUGGUUCGGAGGACAGGCCCAGGGGCCUCCCACUGUCGCUGCGUGGGCACCAAGGGAACGCCGGCCUGCACAGGAUCGGGGUGCCCUGUCCCCCGCCACCUCCAAACGGGACCUUCUUUCUAGCCGAGAGUUUAUUUUUCCAGAGUCACAGUGCCAGCAAGCAAUGCCAUACCCGCUGUCGACCCAGUAGCAGAGCCAGCUGUCCGGCUGCACACCCCUGCCUGACAGCAUCCCGUGCUGUCCCCACUCAGGGCUGGGAGCCCACAGCUCCACGCAGUGCUGCAGGAGCGACUGCAGCUCAGACCAGGACCAGGCCGGGGCGUCGCCCAGCACCCACUCUGUCUGUCUGUCGAGUCCCCCUGUCUGUCAUCCCUCGUUUCCCAGCCGAAGGACUCCCGCAUAGUCUGCCCCGUGUCUUAACUUGCCCUGUCUGUGCCCAGACCUGCACCUGCAGAGCAGAAGAUUAAAGCCCAUUUACAGUUCACA